GUGACGGGGCUGCGGUACAAAAUGGGCGUCAAGACAGGUGUCAGGUUUCCGUUUCGGUCGAACGACAAAGCCACCGUUACACAACAAGAGCAACGUCUCGUACAACCUCUGAGUGAGUUUCCCUGAAGCUGUGUUUAGGUGCUCUCUCCCAGCCCCUCUCUGGAUGCAUCAGACUCCUCUGCCCCGGGGCCCUGGACCCGGUGUGUGACCCCGCCGCCCUCACCCCACUCACCCUCUCUUUCCUCUCCCUCUGCCCCAAACUCCCCUCCACCUGUCUGCCUCGACGCUCCCGUUCUGGGCCCCCUGCCUCUCGACCAGCAGGGAGAGGCAGGGGGCCAUGGCGCCAUGGUAACCUUCAGCGGACUCAACCCCCUCGCCAUGAGCAGCGCGCCCCCUCCGGAGGGCAGGGUUCAGGGGUCCAGCUUUACCCCACAUCACUACAAGCCCUUCAGUUCGCAUGCCCACUACCAACAGGUGAUGCGUGCAUUGCGUAAGCUCCAGGAGAGUGGGUUUUACUGGGGAGCUGUGGGAGGCCGGGAGGCCAGCUCCCUCCUGCGCUCUGAACCACCAGGCACUUUCCUGAUCCGAGACUCCUCGGACCACCACCACUUCUUCACCCUGUCUGUCCAGACGGCUCGAGGAACCAAGAACCUGCGAAUUCACAGCGAGGGAGGCGGCUUCUUCCUACAGCCAGACCCCCAAAACACCCAAGAGCCCCCGCAGUUUGAUUGCGUGCUGAAACUCAUAGCGCACUACAUGGGGAAAGGGCCCGAUGCUGGAAUGGGCAGAGAAGGGGCAUGUGGGGGAAACUCAGGAGAGGCAGAAAUGAAAGGGCGCCACGUUUAUCUGAUACACACCGGCGGAGAGAGGAUCCCCCUGGAGUUGCGGCGACCCCUCUCAACUUCUCUCUCGUCCUUGCAGCACAUGUGCAGGAGGACCUUGAACAACCAAGGCCUGGGGGGGUCGGAGCGAGCAGAGCAGCUCCCGCACACACUUAGAGACUUUCUGGAGGAGUACGAUGCUCCUAUAUGACUGACUGGAACUGCACGGGUCCCUCUGCAUGGACCAGCUGCAUGGAAGAUAGCACAGAUAAGGUCUCAGUGCAUACGUGAACAUGUGCGCCAUCAGAGACUGACCAGAGUUAGCCUUAGAUGCGAAUUUGGGGUCAGUUUUUCCUAGUGGCCAGAAUCAGCUGAUCCCAGAUCUGUUUCAACACUGACAGACACCACCAACCUGGGGUUUGGGAUCAGGAGUGCGAUUUGGGUAACCAAUGAUUACCUCGUCAGUCCUGCAUUGCAAAAACUGACCGCUAAUGUGAGUGGCAGAUUAAGCCAGAGGUCAAAUGUCAGUGUUUCUUACGACUGACUCAGACGCAGAGCAGAGCCUCGUAGAAGAUUAACCCGAUUGGUCGAUAUUAAGAAUUACAGUGACGGCGUGAUCAAUACACCACCAGUGGUCCCUGUGGGUUUAAUUCGCUUGGGGAGAAACCUCUCCUCCCCUCUCUCAGCCUUAAAUUUAACAUUUAAGCAGUUUGGAUCACUGGACAGAGAGAAAGGCGGCAAAGAACAGAGAGGCUUAGAGGAGGUGAAGGAAGGAGAAGUUACAGAGAAAAGGCAAAGUCCAAACAAGGGGCCCAAAGCAGAGAACUUGCAGUAUUUGUUUGUCUUAGUGUCCGUGUGUAUUUGUGUGUUGCGGUGGUGCACACAUUUCAAUUGCUGCUUCCCGCAAAUGUUGCCUCAUUGAGGGGAGUAGAGCGGUCAUGCACGCUACCCUCACACACAUACACACACAGGUGCGGGCCCACAUGUAGGUUUGUUAGCAUGGGAACAAAAGAACAAAAAGCAUUGCAAAGCAUCUUCUCCCUCUCCUGUUUUGUUUCUUUUUUUUUCUCCUCCAUUACCCAUUCCCUGCCCCUCUUUUUUUUGUUUUUGUUUCGGAAUUACAUGUGCGCUUUGACAGUGACAGAAAACAGACUGCUGUUGUGGAGACAAAAGCUCGUUACUGAGACAAAAAGCCUUGGCACGGGACCAAACAAAACAUCAGAACUUUAUUUUUAUCCAGACUGGCUGGAAAAAUGUCAGCAACACUGUAAAGCUCCCUGGGGAAUGACGAUGAUGAUGAUCCUAGAGAUUGGUGGAGGCUGGGGAGGGUGAGAAGAGGGACUGAACUAAGGAGAGAGGAGAGCGGGAAAUGGGAUUAGGAAAAGGAAAUUGAAGAGGACAGAGAAAUGGGGAGGGGGUUAGGGUGGGGGAGAAGGGGGAGGAGACAUACUGGUAUACAGCUAAACAAAAACAUUGACUGGAUUGUUGUCCCAGACUUAGAGGAAAUGAUACAGCUCAACAGGACGCUGCUCCUGUAAAUAUAAAUCAAGGUUUGCCAGAAGCCCCAUGUUAAAAAGAAAGGUUUGACUGAGUCUUAAUUCUGUUAUUUAGACACUCACACUAAUUUCCUCUUUACAUUAUCAUCUCGGUCUUAUGUCUUUUUUUGAAAAUGUGAUGGUGUGCUUGAGUGUCUGUCUUCUCUCUCCCUCCUGGAUUUCUUAAAUCACCAUUCAUGAAGGCGAUAAGAGAGGAAAUGAACUGUUUUGCCGACGGUUUAAUACCUGUAACUUGAGAAAAGUUUUUUUUCGCCCUGUCUACCUUCCAUUGUUACCUCUGAAACAGGAGCGGGCAGUUGGGUGUGUCUGUCUGAAUGUCUAGGGAACAAAAGAUUCCCCUGAACUGAUUCUUUAAAAAAAAAAAAAAAAAAAACCUAAAAAAAAAACUAAAAAAAACACCUUUUGUAAAACAAAGUAUAAGACUCAGAUUUGAUCAAAAUAGUUUUUUCUGUGUUUGACCAGUGCUCAUACUCACCUGUGAUCCAUAUUGGAGUGGUAGCCUUUUUACACCAUAAAAUUUUGUGAUCUCACGUGGCCACUUGAGACAAGAGCGCUGUAGUGCACCAUAGCGAUACACAGUUUUGGUCAAAUCUCGGUCUUAUUUUCCCCCAUCAACACCAAGUCUGUACAUGUGUCGCACCGUUGGACCACACAUGUAUGUGAGUCAUUUGUCUUUUAUAAAGACUCUGUUGCAAAAUGCUGGCCACUUGUCUGGCAAAAUACAAGCUGUAUUACCUGAAAUGACAAAGCAUUACAAGAAAUAAAUGAAAAGGAACAUUGCACAUAUUUAUAUUUCUAAAAUAUUUCAGUAAUUUAUAUUAAAGAGCACUAUUUUUACAAAAGUCAA